GGGAACAGGCCAGCGCAUCCGACAGACGGACGAUCAUUCCCGAGACGAACCUCCAGCCAUGGAACUGACGAAGGCGAAGGCGAUCGCCGGCGGCGCCGUCGUCGUGGUGCUGAUCGUGGCCGCCGGGCUGGUCGGCCACUUCGCCACGCCGCAGACCACGUGUCAGGAGUUUCAACAACCCAGCACCACAACGGACACGCCCACCACCACUCAGGCCCCGCCCACUUUGGAGAACUACCUUCUGCCAACUUCUCUGGAUCCGGUUCAUUAUGUCGUCAAACUUCAGCCUCAUGUCAGUGGGAACUUCAGCAUCAUAGGCCACGUUGAGAUCGAGUUGGUGGUCAGGGAAGGAACUUCAAACAUAACCCUACACAUGGCUGAUAUUACAGUGCAUGAGGACACUAUAAUGCUGAAGAACAAAGCAGACCUGAGUGCCAUCCCGACGCCGGGCCACGAGUACGACGCCGCCAGGGAGUUCUUCGUCGUCCACUUGGCCGAGGAGCUUCCCGUGGGCGCCGAGGUGGUUCUCUCCAUGGACUUCGAAGGCUUCUUGAACGACGAACUCAGGGGCUUCUACAGGUCGACGUAUACGAAUGCAAAUGGGGACCAGAUAAUGUUGGCAGCAACACAGUUCCAACCCACGGACGCGAGGAGAGCCUUCCCUUGCUUGGACGAACCUGCCCUGAAAGCCACCUUUGCCGUGUCCUUGGCCCGAGAGGAACGCAUGUCCACGCUCAGCAACAUGGAGAUCAGGGCGACGGAACCUGUGGAAGGUAGGGCCGGGUGGGUGUGGGACCACUACGACACCACGGUCAAGAUGUCCACUUACCUGGUUGCCUUCGUCGUCUCGGAUUUUGAAUUCUUGAGUGCCAUGGCCGGCCAGACGAAUUUCUCCGUGUGGGCACGCCCGGAGGCCAUGGAUCAGGCUGGCUACUCCUUGGACGUGGGCGUGGACUGCCUCACCUUCUUCGAGUCCUACUUCAACAUCCCCUACCCCUUGCCCAAGCAGGACAUGGUCGCCCUUCCGGACUUCGCAGCCGGGGCCAUGGAGAACUGGGGGCUUAUCCUCUACAGAGAGACCGCCAUGCUGUACUCCCCCGACGCGUCCUCGGCCUCCAACAAGCAGCGCGUGGCCGUGGUGGUCGUGCACGAGCUCGCCCACCAGUGGUUCGGAAACCUCGUGACCCCGACCUGGUGGACCGACCUUUGGCUCAACGAGGGCUUCGCUUCGUUCAUGGAGUUCAUUGGGGUUGACCAUGUGGAGCCCACGUGGCGCAUGAUGGACCAGUUCGUGGUGGACACCCUGCACUACGUCUUCGGAAUCGACAGCCUGGAGUCCUCGCACCCGAUCAGCAUCCCCGUGGGGCAUCCCGACGAGAUCAACGAGAUUUUCGACAGCAUUUCCUAUUAUAAGGGAGCUUCAAUUAUUCGCAUGAUGUACUUUUUCCUGACCGAAGCGACGUUCAAGAAAGGACUGACGAAUUACCUCAACCACUUCGCUUACGACGCGGCCGCCCAGGACGACCUGUGGGAGUUCCUGACGGAGGCGGCGCACGAGGACGACACGCUGGCCGCCGACGUCAGCGUGAAGGACAUCAUGGACACGUGGACGCUGCAGACGGGCUACCCGGUCGUCAAGGUGGAGAGGGACGCGGCGGGGACGUCCGCCACGGUCACGCAGGAGCGUUUCCUCCUCCUCCCCAGCGCCUCCGGCCGCUCAGACGCCUCCUGGUGGGUGCCCCUGACGGUGACCUCCCAAGACGCCCCCGACUUCAGCCAGACGCGCCCCUCCAGCUGGCUGCCCGCGAGCGCCUCCUCGACCUCCCUCUCCGGCCUGCCCUCCGCCGACGCCUGGAUCCUCCUCAACCUGCAGCAGACGGGCUACUUCCGCGUCAACUACGACGCCAACAACUGGGAGCUUCUGACCAAGCAGCUGGCCGACGCCCACGAGGCCAUCCACGUCACCAACCGCGCGCAGGUCAUGGACGACGCCCUCAACCUCGCCCGCGCAGGGCAGCUUCCUUACGAGACGGCCCUGGGACUGACGCCCUACUUGGCUCAGGAGAAGGAAUACACGCCGUGGGAAGCCGCCAUGAGCAGUCUGUCUUACAUCGAGAAGAUGUUUACGCGGACGGCUGGCUAUGGGCCUCUUAGGGUAAGGUGGAAAGGCGCCGUCUCGCCGAACCUGAAGUCGACGGUGUACUGCAGCGCCAUCGCGGGCGGGGGCGAGGACGAGUGGGCGGCCGCGUGGGCGCUAUACCUCGAGGCCAACGUGGGCGCCGAGAAGGACAGGCUCUUGUCCGCCUUGGGCUGCACGAAGGAGGUCUGGCUGCUGUCGAGGUACUCGACUGGGCGUUCACAGAGGGCAGCGGCAUCAGGAGGCAGGACGCCCGGACCGUCUUCCGCGCGGUCGCCAACAACGACGUCGGGAGGUACAUCGCGUGGGACUUCCUCAGGAACAACUGGGAAGCCAUCUCCUCCUACAUGGGGGGUUUUACCUCCCUGGGCGACCUCAUCAGUUACGUAACCGCUGAAUUCAACACGAAUGAGGAACUGCAGCAGCUGGAAUCCUUCUACGAGGCCAACCUGGACAGCCUGGGCACCGCCACUCGAGCUUUCGAACAGGUCAUAGAAUCAACGAAGAACAACAUUGCUUGGAUGGGCAGCAAUUAUGAGGUUAUCGUCACCUGGCUCGCUGGCGUGGCGCAAGCAGUGUGACGAGGAAGGAGAAGAAAGGCUGGAGAGAGAGUGAGGAAGAUCCUGAGUGAAUGGGGAAGAAACUGGGAAAGAAGAGGUGGAGAGAGAGAGAGUAAGACCCCGAGUGGAUGUGAGGUGAAUGUGGAAGAAAAUGUGGAUGAGGGUGGAUACAAAUGAGGAAAGGGAAUCAAAUCCUGAGAGAAGGUGAUUACAAAUGUGGAGAGAAUGUAAGGUGAAUGUGAACUGAAAGGCGAUUAAAAUCCUGACUGGAUGUGAGGUGAAUGUGAAUAAAACUGCGGAAGUAAAUGUCGAGAGAAAGUGAAUAAAAUGAUAGUGAUAGUGAAUAAAGAUGUAGAGAAUGUGAUGUAAAAUUUGAAGGAUAUCUGAAGUAAAAAGGAAGUGAAUAUAAAUAAGAAUGUAGAGUGAAAUAUGGUGUGAAUGUGCAGUAGCAAGAGAUCUUUGCAAUACAUAAUCAGAAUUUAAAUAAAUGUGAAUCUAAUGUGAGAGAAAAUGUGAAGAAAAACUUGAAGUGAGAAGUGAAGGAAAUCUUGCGUGAGCAUGAAGUGAGUGUUAGUAAUAUGUGGAGUAAAAUGUGUUGUGAUGACGAAACUUUGGAGGAACGUUGUGAAAUCGAAAAAAAAAAAAAGUGAAACGUUAAACUUGAUGUGAAGCGAAUGCGAUCGGAAUAAAAAUGAAGUGACACAUAAAUGAAAAUUAAUUGAAAUGGAAAGCGACAUAUGAAGUGAAUGUAAAUGGAAUGGAAAAUGAAUGAGUUGAGGAAGUGGAAGACGGAGGAAUUAUCUCUUGACGGGAGGAAGAGAGAGAGAGAGAGAGAAAGAAAGAGAGAGAGAGAGAGAGAGAGAGAGAGAGAGAG